GGAGGAGACGCGCCGCCGCCGGCUGCCGAGCGAGCUUCUCCCGCCGCCUCCUGACGCGAUCACGGGGCGCCGCCGCGGGCCUGGCCGAGCAGCUCCCGGAGGCCGUGGCCCUCGCACCAUGCCCGGGGCGCGGGAGAAGACGCUCCUCCCCGGCUUGCAAGGCCUCCGGUAGAGGAGCCUGUACGAGGAGGCGCGUCUCUUCCCCUUUCUCCUCCUCUCCUUUUCGGCGUCCGCGGCCGAGCCCCGCCUCUCAGCCGGGCUGGGCGGAGGCAGAGCCAGCCCGGCAGCAUGUGCUGAAGGCGCUGGGUGCUGGCCGAGCCCAGCCGCGUCUCCCUCUUCCCCUUCCUCCUCCUGCCGCUUUGCUUGCGAGGGACCCAGCACGGCCCGAUGGCUACGGAGGCGGCGGCGGGGCCCAGCGCCCGCCUGCCUUCGUCGCCCGCGCGGAGGGACUUCUACUGGCUCCGCUCGCUCGUCGCCGGAGGUGUUGCGGGAUGCUGUGCCAAAACAACCAUUGCUCCAUUGGAUCGAGUAAAGAUUUUGUUACAAGCCCAUAAUCGUCAUUACAAAAAUCUUGGCGUGAUCUCUACAUUGCGUGCUGUUCCCAAAAAGGAGGGCUACCUGGGAUUCUAUAAAGGAAAUGGAGCAAUGAUGAUUAGAAUAUUUCCAUAUGGUGCAAUUCAGUUUACAGCAUUUGGCCAGUAUAAAAAGAUGAUAAAGCAGAAGCUUGGCAUUUCUGGGCAUAUUCACCGGUUAAUGGCUGGAUCCAUGGCAGGUAUAACUGCAGUAAUUUGCACUUACCCUCUUGACAUGGUGAGAGCACGUCUGGCAUUCCAAGUAAAAGGGGAUCACACAUACACUGGAAUUAUUCAUGCAUUCAAGACCAUUUAUACAAAGGAAGGUGGUUUGCAAGGAUUUUAUCGCGGGCUUACACCAACAGUUGUAGGAAUGGCUCCAUAUGCAGGUUUCUCAUUUUUUACCUUUGGUACCUUAAAGAGUGUGGGACUUGCCCAAGCGCCUACCCUGCUUGGGAAGCCUUGCUUAGAUAAUCCUGAUGUCUUAGUUUUGAAAACUCAUGUAAAUUUGCUGUGUGGUGGCAUAGCUGGAGCAAUAGCACAGACAAUAUCAUAUCCUCUUGAUGUAACACGUAGACGAAUGCAGUUGGGAGCAAUACUUCCGGAGUCCGAAAAGUGCCUUACAAUGGUACAGACACUGAAGUAUGUUUAUGGAAAUCAUGGAAUACGAAGAGGAUUAUACCGAGGAUUAUCCCUGAAUUAUAUUCGGUGUAUUCCUUCACAGGCUGUCGCCUUCACCACCUACGAAUUUAUGAAGCAGUUCUUGCACCUCAAUUGAAGACUCUUAAAUUUUAUUGAAAAACAAUUCUUGUUUUUGUAUUGUAUUUAUCUGUGAAAAUUCCCUUGGGAAUCACUGGUUCUUGUAGUGCUCUCUUUACCAGAAGAAGUAUAGCAUGUAAAUGGGACAGAAGUUGAAUAAGUUCUUUGUUAUGCAUACAUACGGUGUGGAAGGUCACUGAUGGAAAUAAAAAUAAAUUGGGGUAUUUACUGUGAAAAGUAAACCAA